UAAUGUUCUUGCUGAUUCUUGUUUGGAAAAAUUAAGUAAAUAUUGGCAAAGCAAAAAAACCAUACUGAGUAUUAUCGAAAUCAUUGAUAUUGCUGGUUUAGUGAAAGGGGCUGCACAAGGUUCUGGAUUAAAUAAUGAGUUUUUAUCUCAUAUUCAGGAG